AACCCGAUAACCAAUCCUAAAACUUUGCAUUUCAAUGGAAGACAAUAGCAAAAUAUUUUUAACGCGGAGCUAAGAGGCCAGUUCUUUAUUUGUGUGAGAAUAGCGCGGAAAUGCGUCGCUUUUGUGACUAUCACAUUUGCAACCGCUCAUCAACAAAUUCAAACAAUCCCACGAUCGAAAAAAUCCAGCGAUUCAAGUUGGCCCUAAUUACGUUCUUCUUCCAACUGACCAUUGCGGUGAUUUUCCUAAAUUUCGCUGAAUACUCUGACGAGGCAGAUGCUUCCGAUCCCCGCAAUUCCUUCGGCCCCGUUUUUGGCGGUUUUAAAAAGCGGAAAUUGUUCGGCGACUACAAACUGUUUCAGGACAUUCACGUGAUGAUUUUUAUCGGGUUUGGAUUCCUUAUGACAUUUUUACGACGAUAUGGUUACAGUGCAGUGGGUUUUAAUUUUUUAUUGGGCGCUUUGAUUAUCCAAUGGGCUUUGCUUUGUCAGGGCUUUUACCAGCUCAAUGAGAAUAAUAAAAUGAAGCUCGGAAUUGGAAGUUUAUACAAAGCUGAUAUUGCCGCGGCCACUGUGCUCAUUUCCAUGGGGGCGGUUUUGGGGCGCACCUCUUACAUGCAGCUCCUGAUCAUGGGAAUUGUCGAAAUCGCCGUUUUUUCGGCCAAUUCUUUUCUAGGAUCGAACAUAUUUCAGGUAGCGGACGCUGGAGGAUCGAUGUUUGUCCAUGCAUUUGGUGCCUAUUUCGGCUUGGCCGUUAGUUACGUAAUUGAACUAAAAAAAGCGAAAACAAUCACUGAUAACGGCCUCGAAGAAUCGAGAUACACGUCCGAUCUUUUCGCAAUGAUUGGAACAAUCUUUCUUUGGCUUUAUUGGCCCAGUUUCAACGCCGUUGAGCUAACAGGAGACGGCCAGCAAAGGGCCGUUAUGAAUACUUAUCUAUCUCUGGCUUCCUGCUGUGUCACGACUUUCGCCGUCUCGCUCAUCUUCAGCAAAAACCACAAGUUCGACAUGGUGCACGUGCAAAACUCCACGCUCGCAGGUGGUGUGGCCGUCGGCACGACCGCCAACCUCAUGCUGCAACCCUUCGGUGCUGUGCUCAUUGGGGCCGUCGCAGGCGUCGUCUCGGUGGCGGGUUACGCCAAGCUUACACCUUGGUUGAGUUCAAACUUCGGAAUUAGAGAUACUUGUGGCGUUCAUAACCUUCACGGCAUUCCUGGAGUAUUAGCGGGUCUAAUUGGGGCAUUCAUGGCCGGAAUAGCUUCAGAAGCCACCUACUGUAAAACUCUAUACGAGAUAUACCCAGCCAGAGCGAGCCCAAAUAUGACAGCAACUGCCGAAUACACCUUCCUGAAGCCGGGACUCGGGCGAGACGAGGCCCAACAAGCCGGUUACCAAACACUAGCUCUUGUAGUUACGGUUACUCUAGCGGUCGCAUCCGGGUUACUUACAGGGAUGCUUGUAAUGUGGGAAAACUUUCUACCACUGAAAGAGGAAUGUUUCGACGAUCGACACGCGUGGCAUUUGCCGAGAAAAAAGGCCGAAAUUGGGUCAAUGGUCACGUUUAAACCCAUGAUUAAAAAUAAUUACUACAGUGUGUUUGAAAGGGACUUAUUCUAAAGUUGACAAAAGUUGGGACAAUUUCAAGCGAGAGCUUUCAUAACGACGCCACCUCUUGGAUACUCCCGGAACAGAACGUGAAAGCUCGGCAGGACCCGCUGGGGUGCCACUACGACAACCCCAGUUUUGAACUUCCAGCCCCGACUGCAGAUGUCUAUAGUUAACACAAUUUUGUAAUAAUUUCAAAUAAAAUAAAUUAGUCCACUUUA